AUGGGCGAGCAGACACGUCACCGGUUUUUGCGUUUUCGAUCGCGCAAGGAUCGAGCGCGGCGCAAGAAGCCGAACGAUGCGGAGGUGCAUACCAUAGACAGUGCCAACACCAGAGUCACCUACGCCUUUUCGACGAAGCGAUCUGUUCCAGACUCUCUGAGAAGUCUGUAUCCUCAUGGCUCAGUUCCAACCUCCUCCGCAUCUCUGAAAUCUACAGCAAACCCAAGUCCAGAUCCCGAGCGGCAACCGACACCCGACCUCGAUCACACACUGCCGUUCUCCAGAAAGUCAUCGCUAGCGACACUGAACACCCUGAGCACGAUCGACACACUCGCCGACACACCUCCUGGCAGCAUCUACGCGAAAUCACGACUGACGGCACGUUCCCUGUUUCCUCAAAGGGCCAAGUUCGUGCGACGGGACCAGCAUACGGUCGAGCGCGACGAGUAUUAUAUCCAGAACCAAGACCGCUCCGGCUCGAGUCAAAUCCAAGCUGAAGCGCAGCUUGACGGUAGUGCGGACACAGUUGCGGCUCAGGCGCGGACUGGAAACCAAAUCAACAAAAUCCAAUCUGUAAAAGUGGCAGAUCGGAUCAAAGCAUUCGAAACAAAAGCAAGGCCGAGAAGCUCGUCCAAAGUGAGACCCGAACACCGCGAUCUCCCUGAUGCUGGUGAGCACGUGCCACUUGUAUUCCCAUUGCAUGUCCGGCGGUUCACUCGAAGAUCAGGCAAAGGCGUGUUGUUCCGGCCAGAGUCUCCAGAAUCUCCGUUGUAUCAAUCGAUCCCAGUCGACAACGCCGAGCUGUAUUCCCCGUUACCCCAGAGAGCGAUACCCAUGGUGAAAUCGCCAGCAGAGGGGGUUACUUCGAGCUCAGCAAGCGAUUCGGGUCGUGCUCUCGAAGCAGCACCGCUCACGAUGAAUUUGGCUGCUGCAAUCCCAGCUGGUGGACGUGUAAGCUUGAGUCAAGAUGGUCUGGACCAAGCCAAGGUGCCAUCUGCUCUUCAAAAUUAUCAAGUGAAUUCGACGGAAUGGCCGAAGCACGCAGAGACAGCAACACGGGCAACCAUGGGCACUUUCUCUCAUUUACACGGUCGACGGGACUCCUGCGUGCGCCACGGUCGUAAAGCAGCUUUGCUCGGAGACGCCAAGGAUAUCUACAAACAGGUUCAUGGAGGUCGGCACAUUCCUGCUGGCUUGGAGCAAGUGAAGGUCACCAGCCCGUACACUGCACGCAACUUGACCCGAUAUUCGGAGUGUAAGAAGACCGAUGCAUGUCCGGACUGUUUGACUGAGCUUGGCAUACAAAAGCGCGAGACGGCCUCAGAUACUUCCUUCCAGACUACCCAGCCUGCUGCUGCCUCAUCCCCGCAUAAUGUAUGUUCCGAGAGUCCCUUCGACGUAGCUCCACAACUGAAGGCCGACGCAAAUGCUACGGCGACUCCGAUGCGACUCGCGAGGGGAUCGGAAUCGUCUAACGAGAGCAAGGACGCUCUGAUCAACAGCUCGAUGGAUUCAGCAACACCUGGAUACGGAAGCUCAAAGCCCAAGACAAAUGAAGGAAUUGGCCCCCAUUCACAGUCUCGGUCGUCCCGAGCCUCUGAAGGCGAUGCCGAUAGGGACUACAUCGACAGCCGCGAAAGCACUGGCAAUACAGUUGUGUCUUCCGACCUCGGAGAAGGUCUUGAUGCGGUGAUCCUCGAGCGUGGUGGACAACUGGAACGCGUGGUCAUGAAUUUGCGAAAGGGUGCGCCGACCGUAACUGCGCUUCUGCGGUUGUCACGAGAGUUGUUGCAGGUGGCCGAUGCUAUACAAGCGGAAGCCUCAGCAGGUCGACCGCCGGUUGAACGUGCCAACUCGGACAGACCGGAUGUCACAGAUCUGCUCCAUCAUAUAGAUGACGCUACAGGCGCAGGAAUUGACCUUGCGAUUGCGUGGACGAGCGAUCCGUCAAACGAAGCUGCCACUCAACCUCCAAUUCUGCGCUCUGAAAACGCAGCACAGCAUAUUGCCCCUACAACCGACUUCGUUCCAUCCGACAUUCAACAAGCCACAAGCGAAAUAUUGUCGCCAGCAACACAUAUUCCCUAUCGCGAGAGCAUUGAUAUGGAUGUUGCUGCAACACUGCGCCCGCAUUUCGAACAUGGCAAGGCCAAUACUAGAGAAAGAGAAGCAGAAGCCGGAGUCACAGACAUGGAUCAUGCUACAAGCCGGCCGCGACGUGGCACUCGUACUUGGCAAGAUGGAUCGAAGCCAGGUCCCCGUGUUCCCCGUGUCACAAUCACAGAAGAUGACCACGGGGAUGGCCCUAUUCUGCCUUCUCACAUUCUGAAAGCACGAGAUAUCAUGACUCCCACACUUGCACACGGCGGCGACAGAGUCCGAGGAGAAGAUUCACCUCCCAUCUUUCCGCGCUCUCCUGCCCCUUUGUUGCACACAGCUUCUGCCCAAACGAGUCUGAGACAAGCUGCAGGUACUUCUUGUACGCCCGCGAGGCUUGUGCACACUUGGGAAGAAUUGACCGAGGCCACAGCUCCUUCUGGUAGUAGUAGUAAUAUGGUCCCGCCUCCUUUUGCAAAACUAAAGACCGACCGCAGUAUCAUCCAAAAAGCCAUGUCGAUGAACAACAGGACCAAAGCUGCAUGUAUUCAAGAGGCCGCUGCACGUGAGAAGCAGACCAGGAAGCAAAGACGGAUCGGUGCGCAGGCAUGGGCGAGUGGAGUCAGCAGGCAAGGCUCCUAA